GAGUGACGUACCGGUACAGAAGAGAAUUGCAAAGAGGCGCCCGCGCAUGCAGAACAGGAUCACUUUCUUGGUGCAUCUCCAAAGUCAAUGCUUCACUAUCGUAGCGCUGGCAGCAUUCAUGGCUCCCGGUCCGAUGGCUGGUCUGGGAAAGUUGUUGGAGGUGCAGGUUGCUCGCCACGUCCGCCCACGCGUUGGAAUCAUUGAUUGCUGUCGCAGGGACAUCCAUGGAGGGUUGGUGGCCUCAAAGCCUGCCCCUGAGAGUACCGCACCCAAGCUAGGGCCAGUGGGAACAGCGUCCUUUGACGAUUUUGGAUCAGGGUCCUUUCAAGCAGCAGAUCAGGCGGCCUGCUCCGCAGAUCCUUUGAAUUUGGAGGACACUGAGAGACUUUACUCUGCCCUCAGCACAGGAGAACUUGCAAAAGGGGUGUUUAAUCUGUCAUUGGUGGGAAGUUCGCUCAUGGUGGAUGCAAGCUCAAAGUUACUGAUGUCAGACCUUAUGAAGAACAAGUUGUUUGCAGCACCUGUGAAUUGGGUUGUGCGGAGGACAGCAUAUUCUCACUUCUGUGCGGGAGGCACAAUUGAGGAGGCCAAAGCGACCCUUUUGAGAACUUCAGAAUUGGGUUUGAGGAGCAUCCUGGAUUACAGUGUUGAGGAUGCGAUGGACGCGGCUACUUGUGACAAGAACCUGGCUGGCAACCUGGAGACGCUGCGCCAUGUGGCCGCCCUACCACGCCACUGCUCCAGCCAUUCCGUUGUCAAGAUCACCUCGUUUGUGCCCCUGCCUGUCUUGGAGCGAGCGAGUGCCCUGUUGCGCUGGCAGCAUCAGCACCCAUCGGUGGACCUCCCCUGGAAGCGGCCCUCCUUCCCCGUGCUGGCCCCCGGCAGCAUCCUCCCCGCCCAGGCGGAGCCUGCCCCGCUGUCCCCUGAAGAGGUGCAGAGCUUGGAGGAGUGCCUGGAGCGGCUGCGCGCGGUGUGCCGGGCGUGCCAUGACCUGCACCUGCCCCUGCUCAUCGACGCCGAGUACUUCUCCGUCCAGCCUGCCAUUGACUAUCUGGCGGGUGUGGCUGCGCUGGAGUUCAAUCACGACUUCCCGCUGGUGGUGAACACGUUCCAGUGCUACCUCAAGGACACGCUGCCCCGCCUCCAGCUGGCCAUCCAGGCCGCCCGCAGCGCCAACGUUGGCUUUGCGGCCAAGCUCGUCAGAGGUGCGUACAUUGUGAAGGAGACACAGCGCGCGGCAGCGGGCAGCUACGAGACCCCCAUCCAGGCCGGGAUCGAGGCCACGCAUGCCAACUACGAUCGCUGUGCGCGCCUCAUGCUCGAGACCGCAGCGAAGAGCGCCAAAAGCAAUGCGGUAGUGCUGGCCAGCCACAACGCGGCGUCCGUGCGGCGCGCCAUCAGCACGGCGGACGCCCUGGGCCUGGCGCGCAAGGACGAGCGCCUGCAGUUCGCACAGCUCAAGGGGAUGGCCGAUGCGCUCUCGCUUGCGAUCGGACAGGCGGGCUAUCUGUGCAGCAAGCUGCACCCGUUUGGAAGUCUGGAAGACACGAGUGAGUGGCGGGCCCCCUUGUGGUACAGCCUCACGACCGGUCAAUUAGGCAUGGCUGACGGCCUUUCACUCGCACUGGCACGCUCGGGCUUCAACGCGUCCAAGCUCAUCCCGUUUGCCUCGCUGGAUGCUGUCAUGCCUUACUUGAUCAGGAGGGCGCAGGAGAACAAGGGCAUGCUCAUGCAGGCAGGCACGGACAGGGCGCGCUUGCAGCACGAGUUGCUUCGUCGCGUAGGUUCGACGUUGGGGCUUGCUUGAGGAUCUGACGGGUGUCGAAUUUCGAGACAUUGCUGGAGGGUCGUUUGGUGGAUCUUAGCAAUGCGGUCUGAAGAAUCCUUACGUAUGCAACGCUCAGACCUUGUAUUAUGUGACUGGCAAGCACACGGAUACCCCCUGCGAGUCCUUUCCGCAAAUGAAAGACUUUCGAUAAGAUUGAUGCGAGCCGCUUGAAGGAACAUAUGUACAGAUUUGUCCGUUGAUUUCGACAGCCGAGUAGAAGAGCUGCGCAGGAACCUAGGCAAGCUAGAUAUAGAGCCACGUUGAUGGUGAUCAUUCUUUGCGAAAUGCAUCUUAGAUUGGGUAGCCCAAAGAUUCAGGAGCAAAAUCCGUUUUCAUAGAUCAUUGUACAGAUCGAAUUAAAUACAAGUUCACAUACAUUAUGCUAACCACUUUGUGACGAGCCUAGCUUUGUCUUGUAAAUCUUAUUGGGGAAGAUAAAGGAACAUACAUAGCGUAGUAUUCAUUCAGUGGGGAAGGUAAAGCUGCUUAAAGUAAUUGACCCAUCAAUAUGGGCAUUGUUUGAGUGACAGUGAUUAUAGUUCGGACCGCAUCUUGUUAUAUUGCAUGUAUUAAUCAUUUCAAUCCAUUUUGGAAGCGACAAGAG